UUUCGAAAAACCGUUUAAAGAUGCUGUAGAUGUUCACGGUUUCUCGCCGUAGUGAUGUUACUCUUGUCUGUUUUUAAUUGUACUGACCUUUGCUAGCAUUCUAGAAGUGGGUAAGUAGUUAGAAGAAGAUAAUAUUAAGGAAGAGAAGAAAAAGAUUUCUUCAUUUUGUUACAUCUUGUUGAAAAAAAUCAGAAAUUUCAAUUUUUUGAAAUGGACCAAGAAAACGAUAAGACUCAUCAUCAAUCAGCUACACAUACAUUGAAAGCAAUUAGCAGUUUGAAAUCCUUACAUAUUUCCAAAACAUUUGCAACAGACAUUGUUCAAUCGAAAAUUGCGGAAAGUGUGACUACUAUUAGUGAUAAGGAAAAUACCUAUAAAGAUUGCUCAACAAAUAUCAUAAAUAAAAAUGAGUGUAAAGAGACUGCAAAGAAGUUUACAGAAUUGAUGCCACCGCCUAAAUUACCAGUAGCAUGUAAAUCGGUAGACUCUAUUCAGCAAAUGUCUAAUAGUGAAAAUAAUGUGAAAGUAAGAGAUAACAAAAGUGAAAUGAUCCAAAAAGAUUCAGAUACAGAAAUGAGUGGUUCAAGUAAGGAAAGUGAAAGUAAAAAAAAAUGGGUACUGACAGAUUUUGACAUUGGCCGGCCUCUAGGUAAAGGAAAAUUUGGUAAUGUAUACUUGGCCAGAGAAAAAAGAUCAAAAUUUAUAAUAGCCAUGAAAGUACUUUAUAGAUCACAAAUAGAAGACGCACAAAUUUUACAUCAAGUACGAAGAGAAAUAGAAAUUCAAACCCAUUUGAGACAUCCAAAUAUUUUGAGAAUGUAUGGAUAUUUCUAUGACCCCAAGCGAAUUUAUUUAAUAUUGGAAUAUGCACCAAAAGGGGAACUUUAUAAAGAACUGCAUAAUCAACCUAAUAAACGUUUUGAUGAAGUAAGAACAGCCACUUAUGUAGCCCAAUUAGCAGAUGCGUUAAAAUAUUGUCACAGCAAGAGCGUUAUUCAUCGUGAUAUUAAACCUGAGAAUUUACUUCUUGGAAUUAAUGGAGAAUUAAAAAUAGCUGACUUCGGAUGGUCGGUGCAUGCUCCUUCAUCUCGAAGGGAUACUCUAUGUGGAACUUUAGAUUACUUGCCACCUGAAAUGGUUUCCGGAAAAACACAUAAUCAUACAGUCGACUUUUGGAGUGUUGGAGUAUUAUGUUACGAGUGUUUAGUUGGAAAGCCUCCUUUCUAUGCAACAACCAAUGAUGAAACCUAUGUAAACAUAAAAAGAUUACGGUAUAAUUUUCCGAAUUUCGUUAGUGAAGAUGCAAAAGAUUUAAUUUCGAAGUUGAUAGUUAUUGAACCUGAAAAGAGAUUGGAUAUGGACGGCGUUCUUGCGCAUACUUGGAUUGUGAACAAUCGAAAAGUGGAUACAGCACAAGAUUUUUUAAAUCAUAAAUAAUGUAAUUAUAAAAACUUUCUUGAAUGUAUUGCAAUUGUGCAUAUAUGUUCACAAUAUAAAACGAAUUUAUUGUAAUUUUGAACUCAAUAAUAUCACCAGAGAAAUGAUAAUGCA